AUGAGUGCGAAGACCAAUAUUUCUUUUUCCGCCUCUUCCUCCAGUCUUAUAAAAGGCACAGAGCCGCGCAUUAAAAUCAUCUCUAUUGGCUCCUCCGGUGUUGGGAAGAGUUGUGUUAUCAAGCGAUACUGUGAGGGGCGCUUUGUGUCAAAGUACAUUCCCACCAUUGGCAUAGACUACGGUGUGAAGCGCGUGAGUUUACGUGCGCCGGCACAUAUGUCGCCUGCGCCGCCCAAUUUUUUUGUUCGGGUGAAUUUCUGGGACAUGGCUGGCCGUGACGAGUUUCUUGAGAUCCGAAACGAGUUUUAUUACGCUGUGGAAGGUGUUUUGCUUUUUUACGACGUCACCGAUGCCUCAAGUUUUGCCGCUUUGGACGAGUGGUUAAAGGAGAUGCAAACAUACGUGAAUGCGCCUCGAAACACUGGCGGGGAGACGCUGGGCGUGAACCCUGUGAAGAAACCAGCGAUUGUUGUGGUGUGUGCCAACAAAGUGGACAAUGAAGUUGAUGGCGGUAAGAAGCGCGUUGUUAGCGAAGCGGAUGGGCGGCGUUGGGCGGAAGCGCACGGAUACAAGUACUUCGAGACGAGUGCGUGCACCGGCCUGCACGUCACGGAAAUGCUUGAGACGCUUUUUAACGAUGUGGUGGCAGCAUUCAUGUAA